CUCAUCCUCCCACUUGUUUCAUUUUCCUGCAGUUCUUACUUUUUCUUCUUCUAAGUUGAAACAGUAAAAUGAAAUCUCAUUCAACAACGAAGAAGUAAAAUGAAAACCCAUUCUCUAAAGUCGUAUCUCUGGCUAUAAUCCUCUGUUCUAGCUUGACGUUCUUCAAUCUCUGUUUAUACGGAUCGUCCAGUAAUAUAUUUCAAAUUCUUGAAAUGCAAUCGAUUUCCUUAGCUGGGUUCCUCUAGUUUCCCACAAAAUUCGAAAUUUCUUUGUUCUUGGGCCAAUUUUGGAAAAAGAAAUCAAAAUCGCUGAGUCAACUCAUUUUACAAUCACCGACCGUCGAAAAAAUUCAUCAAAAUUUUCUGUUUUAGUCUCUGGGCUUCUGUUAAUCCCUCCAAAACUUCGCUUUCUUGGAAUUUCAGAUGACGGAUAAUCCGAGAGAGGCGGUACUGAGUCGAAUAAGUGACUCGGUCAAGGCCAUAUCCGGAUUGCCCGACUGCAGAACGGUUGCAAAGAAGAUGUAUUGUAAUCUGGUGAGAAGAGUGAAGUUGUUAAGCCCUCUGUUUGAGGAAUUGAGGGACGGUGAAGAAGAAGAGCUUGGAAGUGAAGUCGUUAUGGGGCUUGACUCGCUGAGAAUCGCUCUUGACUCCGCUCUUGAGGUGCUGAAAUCUGUACAUGAAGGCAGUAAGAUUUUUCAGGCACUGCAAGUGGACAAAAUAGCACGUAAGUUUGAUCUUGUCACUGAACAGAUAGAAGAAGCAUUACGUCAGAUUCCCUAUGAUAAACUUGAUAUACCAGAGGAAGUUCGAGAACAGAUUGAACUUGUGCAUACACAAUUCAAAAGAGCAGUAGGUAAAAUGGAGUCUCUUGAUUUGCAACUGGCAAUGGAUUUAGCUGCAGCACAAAUGGAAGAUGACCCCGACGCAAUAAUUUUCAAAAGGCUUUCUGAGAAACUGCAUCUUAGGACUAUAAAUGAUCUAAAGAAAGAGUCACUUGCUAUCCACGACAUGGUUAUCUCAUGCAGUGGAUUUCCAGCUGGAGUACCAGAGGAGUACUUGGAGACGAUGUCAUUUCUCCUUCGGAAGAUAAAGGACUGUGUAAUGGCAGAAAGUCCCGUCCCUGAUGCCCAUGAAGCUGACAAGAGUUCAUUUAAGCACAGAUCUCCAGUCAUCCCAGAUGAUUUCCGCUGUCCAAUAUCGCUUGAGUUGAUGAAAGAUCCUGUAAUUGUGUCUACUGGACAGACAUAUGAGCGGUCCUGCAUUCAGAAAUGGCUGGAUGCAGGUCACAAGACUUGCCCUAAGACUCAGCAGACGCUGUCGCACACAGCCUUAACACCGAAUUAUGUUUUGAAGAGUCUUAUUGCUUUGUGGUGUGAGAGUAAUGGUGUUGAGCUGCCUAAAAAACAAGGGAAUUGUCGCAAUAAAAGAUCGGGAAUUGGUGGUUCAGACUGUGAUCGAGCUGCUAUUGAUGCCUUGUUGCAGAAACUUGCAAAUGGUAAUAUUGAACAGCAAAGAGCUGCAGCAGGUGAGCUUCGUUUGCUAGCAAAAAGAAAUGCUGAUAAUAGAGUAUGUAUAGCUGGAUCGGGAGCUAUUCCACUGCUAGUCGAACUGUUAUCCUCUACCGAUCCAAGGACUCAGGAGCAUGCCGUUACAGCACUUCUUAACCUCUCGAUAAAUGAGGCCAACAAGGGAAUCAUUGUAAAUGCCGGUGCAAUACCUGAUAUAGUGGACGUGCUAAAGAAUGGUAGCAUGGAGGCUAGAGAAAAUGCGGCAGCAACCCUUUUUAGCUUGUCGGUUCUUGACGAGAACAAGGUGGCAAUAGGAGCAGCUGGAGCCAUCCCACCUCUAAUUGAUUUGCUCUGCCAGGGGACUCCAAGAGGAAAGAAGGAUGCGGCCACUGCUAUAUUUAACCUUUUAAUCUAUCAAGGAAACAAGGUGAGGGCAGUAAGGGCGAGAAUUGUACCACCACUUAUGAGAUUGCUUAAGGAUCCCGGAGGAGGAAUGGUGGAUGAAGCUCUAGCAAUAUUGGCUAUUCUUGCUAGCCAUCAAGAAGGGAAAGUAGCAAUUGGGCAAGCUGAGCCAAUCAAUAUUUUGAUUGAGGUGAUUAAGACUGGUUCGCCACGCAACCGGGAAAAUGCAGCAGCGAUAUUAUGGUCACUUUGCACGGGUGAUUCGCAAUACUUGAAAGUUGCCAGUGAGCUUGGAGCAGAAGACGCAUUGAAGGAAUUGUCAGAGAAUGGCACCGACAGGGCCAAAAGAAAAGCCGGCAAUGUAUUGGAGCUUCUCCAGCGAACUGAAGACGUUAUUGGAUGACAUUCUGUUGAUUUCGUACGUGGAACGAUAUUCAGAUUUCGUAUCUGCCGACGGCAUUCAUCCAAGUAGAGGGGUACCCGUGUAAAGAACUGUAGAAACGUGUUUUUCUUAUAUUUUUGACGUGUUUAUUUUCUUGGAAUAGGAGGUGUUUUAUUUUUACUUAAAAGUGUAUUCUAGUGGUUGAUCGUUAAUUUAUAAUGUGAAGUGACAUUGCUGAUUGCUCGAUGUAUUUUCUUCUGCGUGUUUUCGCAUAAUUUAUGGAAACUCUACAAUUCCUAUGUAUCA